AUGCUUAUCAAAUAUGAUCUUGAGGAAAAUGAUUGGUUGAAACAUAUGUAUGACUUACGAGAGAAAUGGGCUUUGGUUAAUGGUAGAGAGAUAUUUUGUGUUGAUAUGACAACUACCCAAAGAAGUGAGAGUAUGAAUAAUGCAAUAAAGGAUUUUGUCCGUUAUAAACAUAAUCUUUUACGCUUUUUUGAAAAUUUUGAAAGAUUGCUUGAUUAUCGUCGCUAUGAGGAGUUACAAGCUAAUUUCAAAGUGACCCAAAGAAAAGUUUGUGAGAGUUAUGAUUGUGUUAUUACUUUAUACGAUGAGAAUGAGACAUUGUUUAAGUACAAAUUUUUCCUUCAGAAAAUGUAUCUUCAUCAUAUUGUUGAAUAUGAUUCACCUGAUGACACAUUCUUUCUGAAAAAAAAAAUAUUGAAAAUUCCUUCUCGGUAUAUUUUGAAAAGAAGGAAAAUUAAGGCAAAGGUGAGAGAUAAAUUGGAUAAUUGUGCAACAAAUAACCAUAGUGAAGAUCCUAAAAUUGCUAUGGUUAAUCGUUAUCAAGAGUUGUGUAGAUUAUUUCAAACUUGUGUUGUAAUAAAGGCAUCAAAGAGUGAGAAAGCAUACAAUUAUGCUAAGAGUGGUCUUAGAAAGAUUGUGGAAGAAAUUGACGAUCCAUCAGGUGAACAAAUCAUACAUAGCUAUGACAAGAACCAAUUUUCCAGCAGAGAGAGGAAUAAUAUUAAAGGAAUCAAGACAAAAGAAAAGGUUCGUGGUAAAUCUAGCAGGCCAAAAUGA